ACUAGCUACCGAACGGCGGCCCCUACUGACAACCAGCAGGUUAAAUAAGAGGAUAAAGCCAUGGCGUCCACAACAAUCUCAACAUCCACAAGAUUUACAUCCGCUUGAAACUUAAGAAUCUCAGCGUCUUUACUCAAGAAGGGAGACUUUAUUUUUAGCUGAACUAAAGAGCUCUGAAGAGCUAAGAGCUCCGCUUUACUUCUUAGCCCUAGCAACCUGGCUAAUAGAACUGUUGCGGAACCUGGGCUAGGUGUGUGUUAUGUUGUUAGCCACCUAGCUAACCAGCUAACAACAUCCUUCGCUUCCGUGUCGCCAUCAAACCGGAAGUUUGAAGAAAGAAAUAAAACAUAAAUUCGGGCAUGGCGACGGUGUCCAUCAGAGGCGUGUAUUUCAUCCUCACGCUCUUCCUGAGCAGUUUUUUUGGCAGUGUGUUCAUGUUGGGUCCGGCGCUGCCCUUCUUGCUGCUGUCUCCGGCCUGGUACCGCUGGCUUACGGACCGCAUCGUGGCCACCUGGCUCACACUGCCUGUGGCUCUGUUGGAGCUGGUGUUUGGGGUGAAGGUGAUCAUCACGGGUGACGGGUUUGUUCCCGGGGAGCGCAGCGUGAUCAUCAUGAACCAUCGCACACGUCUGGACUGGAUGUUCCUCUGGUGCUGCCUGCUGAGGCACAGCUACCUCCGUCUGGAGAAGAUCUGCCUCAAAGCAACUCUGAAAGCCGUGCCUGGUUUCGGCUGGGCGAUGCAGGUAGCUUCAUUCAUCUUCAUCCAUCGCAAGUGGGAGGAGGAUCAGAAUCACCUGGCCAAUAUGCUGGAGUACUUCUGUGAUAUUAGGCAACCACUGCAGCUACUGAUUUUUCCUGAGGGCACUGACCUCACUGAUAACACUCGCGCCAGAAGUGACGAGUACGCGGAGAAGAACGGCCUGCCAAAGUAUGAGUACGUCCUGCACCCACGCACCACCGGCUUCACCUUCAUCGUGGAACAACUCCGCAAAGGGGACAAUCUGGACGCGCUGCAUGACAUCACCGUUGCAUACCCUCACAGCGCCCCUCAGACGGAGCGCCACCUGCUGGCCGGCACCUUUCCGCGCCAGAUCCACUUUCACGUGCGUCGCUACCCGGUGUCCUCUCUGCCCGAGGAUACCACCGCCCUCCAGACCUGGUGCCAGGAGCGCUGGAUGGAGAAAGAAAAGCGCCUACGCUCCUUUUACAGCUCUGAGCGCUUCGACAAAGCCGAUGCCCGCGUCCCACCCUGCAAGAGUGAGCUGAGGGUGGCGGUGAUCAAAGCCGUGUCGCUGUGCUACUGGAACGCCUUCAUCGCCUUUUGCUUUCUGGGACUCUGGCUCUGGAUGCCUUUGCGCAUCUAUUUCCUGGUGGUGCUGAUUUUCUUCCUGGUUCAGCAAAAAGUCAUGGGUGGGGUCGAGAUGAUCGAGCUGGCGUGUCAUCAACGCCUGAAAAGAACAAAUGAUAUGCCAGGAAGAAAGAAAGACUGAGAUAUCUCUCUCUCUCUCUCUCUCUCUCUCUCUCUCUCUCUCUCUGUCUGUCUCUCUCUCGCUCUCUCUCUCUCUUUCUCUUUUAUUGAGCAGGAAGUGGAGCCCCCUUCUGGACUCAAGUGUUUACUGCACAGUGAACACAGCAGCUGGGAAGAGAGGGAGUGAUAAAGGAGUGUGCAUGAUUCCUUGCUGCCUGAUACAGGAAAAACUUAAUCUACAGUGCUGGAGACGUAUAAUUUUACAAUUUUCACUGUGUAUGAGGAAUAGAGUGUGUGUGUGUGUGUGUAUGUAAGUGUGUUUGUGUUUUGUGUAUUUUUAUCCACUUGAGUUCCUCCCACAUCUCACGCACCAAUAUUUCAUUUUAUGUGCUGACAUAUUUAUUUUGAUUAUCUUGGAGAUUUCCUUGCAAUUUUUUUAAAAGCUCAUUUCUUAUUUUUCUUUUUUAUCGAUUAGCUUUAAAGCUCUAAACUCAUAGCACAAAGCUGGCACUGAUAUUCGCCAGUGUCUCCUUGAUGUAGCCAACCAAAUUAAGGGGGGAAAAAAAAAGCACUUAUAGUUAAAUAUAUGCUUAUUUUCAGAAAAGAAUGUAACAACGCUCAUCUCUGGCUGCGUCCCAAACGUCUGGAUUAAACGGUGGAGGGUGAACGGCUUUAAACGCUUUUUGCACGAAACCAAAAUGUCGCCAUUCGGAGAAGUGCGGUUUUUCAGCUCGUUCUCAAGUACUACCUUAGUUAGGAGUUAAGAAAUGUGCUGUGACCAACAGCACCCAGGACAGCUUUAUAUACAAAUCUGCCUUAAAUAUACAUAUAUAUAUAUAUAUAUAUAUAUAUAUAUAAUAUAAAUAAAAGAUGGUUGCUAUAGAAUCUACAGAUAAAUACAAGUCCGCUUUUUUUUUUUUUUUUUUUACCCUCAUGCUGUUACGGAAACAUUUGGAAUAACACACAGCCGUGUAUUUGCACGUAGCCGCAUUGUGGACUGGUUUGUAAUUUACGUUAGAUCUGUAGCAUCAUUCGGGGUGGAAAUGGCUCCGUCCCAAAUGACUCCUCUGUUUUUUUUUUUUGCAUGCACGGGGUAGGGCUUGGGAUUUGGGUUUUGGUAGUUUAGUCCGUAUCAGUGCAUAAAGGAUGCAUGGAACAUUUGUUUCCUCAUAGAACCUAUGACUAGUUCACUAGUGCCCUUAGUAAAGGAAUUCGGAUCAUGUGAAGUUGUAGAAAUAAGGGAGCUUUCUUCUUGUUGCCCUAGCAAAAAAAAAAAUUAUAUAUAUAUGUAUAUUAUAUAAGGAUCUCACUUUCUACCUAGUGCAUAUGAAGCCAUUUGGGAAUGAAGCCAAUUGCUGGUUCUUUAUUAUUAAGGAAUAAUGACUACCACAUACGUUAGAUGGGGAGAAUCUACUUAUUGGUGUAUCAGGAUAUUUAGUGCCCUAGAAAACCAGCUCGGCUCUCGUCCCAGUACCUUUAGGAAGUAACUAUGUUGGUAUCGAGAUGUAACGUUUGGGACAGGGCUUAUGUGUGUGUCACAAAAAAUGCAAGGGAGGUUUUUGCCAGGAGUUUGACGCACGUCAUCGUUGUCUCAUGGAGGAGAGGGUUUCAUAGGACGGUUUUACAGGACCACACACACACACACACCUUAAGAUUUACCUGAUAUCUUUCAACAAACUAAUGUAAGCCCUCAUUUUUCUCACGUCAUGUGACAGUCCAUUCAAACUGUGUGUGUGUGUGUGUGUGUGUGUGUGUGUGUGAGAGAGUGAGGGAGAGACAUGUAACUCAGUGCUUGUCUUACAUUAUGUGCUCUUCAUCCAGGGAAAACAAAGAGUGUAAUGAGGUAAUGAUUGACAGUUGGACAUAGUUUACAUGUUUUACCAGUGCAGCACAUUUUAGAGCAAAAUCCAGCCACUGUGAUGAAGAAAAUUCUACUUGUAUGCUUUGCCAGAUAUGAUUUCUGAGACACUUUCAAUGGGGCCUGAUUGAUUACAGAGCUGAAAAUGCAUGUAUCAUCCAUAGUCCAACAGAUUUGCUUCAGUCGGGCUGAACAGCAACACUGAGAACAUGAUCACAGGCAUCAAAGCACUUCUUCUUAAACGCUCCCUGAUUUGCAAAUAAUAGCUGAGAUUGUGUGUAAGUCUCCUAUUAAUUGGUUGUUGGGUGAGUUUAAAAGAUUUGCGUAUUUUGAAGCCUGAAUGCAUCUUUACUCACACUCGGUGAAUGAGUAGAAAGGAUUUAUGAGGACUCACUAAGUCAGGAACGUAUCAAAGCAGGCUUCCUGUAGCAUGAACGCUUACUACACUCUACUCUUACUGUAUUAUUCUCAAACAACUUCUUACGGUUUUGCUCCAUCAACUAAAGAAGUACGUUGCAGGGCCGCAGCCGUCCGACCGAUUAUAAGUUACAGCUUGAAAAUAAACACUGUUCUCUCUCUCUCUCUCUCUCUCUCUCUCUCUCUCUCUCUCUCUCUCUCUCUCUCUCUCUCUCACACACACACACGAGAACACUAGAUAAUUUUAGCCUUUAGAGCUUAUUCAUAAUGGCAUAAUGUUUAUGAAUGUAACUUGCCUAUAGGACAUUACAAGUGCAUUAUAGGAAACAUGGGUCAGGUCUUAAUACACACAACUGUUCUCUUGUUAUUUUCUCCAUGUGUACGUCAUGUUCUUGCUUGCGAUUCUCACGCUAUCCUCAGGUACACUUACAUUUUCAGUCACUGUCGUCUUCUUCCCGCUGUUAAGAUCAAUGCUGCAAUAAAUAUCUACCUUUUAA